AUGGGGGACCCACUGGCCGAGCGAGCGAUGUGCCUGCUGAACGCAGGAUCUGGGUACUACCCAGGAGACAGAUGCACAAAAAGGCCUGACCCUGAGAGGUUCCUGGUAUAUCGAGUUUCAGACUCUGAGCAUGUCAUAAUGGACUGUGAGGACAGACGGGACCCAGAAUUGACCAUACAUACCUUGUUGCUGAUGAAUCCACAAUUCCAUCUAAGGGAAUGGUACGCAAAGCAUGUUGGGAGGCUGCGAGGAUAUGUUGCGGAUAAAUUACGCAAGUUGAGGCGAAAGGUAGUGGGCCCAGAAAUGGGGGAAACCUUGGGCCGCAGAGUGGCUGACAUUCUGCGCAGCAAUGGUCCUUAUGAGAAGGAUGUGGUUCAGUACAAGCACCCUGAACGAUUUGAGUGCGUACGGCUGUAUGACGGAUCGUAUGAGGUAAGGGACUAUGCGAAAGCAUUUCGGGUCCCCAUACCAACGCACCUCUUACUGCGUGAGAGGUUCGAAGUGGCACGCUGGUUUAAAUCUAGGCUGACCAGAGCGUAUGGGAAGCUGUGCGAUGAGAUCACCCAUAAUGCACCAGAAUACGACUUACUCCGACUACUG